AUGGCCUCAACCGCGACAACUACAACGACUUCUGGCAUUGGACCAGCGAAAACGGUGCCCGCAGAUCUGAUUCAGACAGAGGCCAACACCGUCUCGGUGCCUGUACAAUUUCCCAAUCAGGUGGCACCAGAAAACGAACUGAAGAUCAAUGAUGUCCCGGCUCCUCAAAUGGUGACGCCCCUUAGCCGACUGGGAGAGAGGCCGGAGUUUAUCGAUUGUCCGUUCUGCAAGAAACGGACCGAAACGACUAUUUCGAAAGAAGGAAGUGAUACUCAGUGUAUUGCCGGAUGGGCCGAAGAUAUCCACCACAGUUGUUCCAACUGUAAGAGGAGGGUUGCAACUAAGCUCCACAGCGGCAAAACUAAAGUGUAUGCUUCUGAUCCGGCGGUUCAGGUGCCUAGCAACUACGCACCAACACAAGCAAUGACAAUGCCUGAAGCUUCUACGGAGCAAAAACUCUCAUCAUAG